UGCGAUUGUGGUCAGGUGCGCUACGAGAUGGAGGCACCUAUAGUGGUUCACUGUUGUCACUGCCGGUGGUGCCAGCGCGAAACAGGAGCUUCAUUUGCUCUCAACGCCAUGAUCGAAACGAGUAAGCUGAAGAUACUUGAGGGAGAGCCAGAGUGGACACUAGUGCCUAGUCAAAGUGGUGAUGGACAGAAUAUCGCCAGGUGCCCCAGAUGCAAGAUCGCUAUAUGGAGCGUCUAUCAUUAUAUCCGAAACAACAAGGCUGGUAUGGGUCCAUUGCGAAUCGUCCGUGUGGGCACGCUAGAUGAUGCCAACAGCUGUCCUCCAGACAUCCAUAUUUGGACAAUCCAUAAACAGGGCUGGAUCAUUCUGUCCGACGAAACGCCAGCGUUCGGAACUGGAACGUAUGAUCGUGAAAAGGUUUGGUCUACUGAGAGUCUAGAGAGAUUCACUCGAGCGAAGGGCGUAGAAGAUUCAAAGUGAGAUUUGGACUAGCUAUUCGGUGGCAUCCAACAACAUCUCUCACAUAUCUCCAAGAUAUGAUGUAGUGGUACAUCUGACUAGAUCUCAAUCUCAC